UUAUUAUUAGGGGGGGAAAAUAUGAUUUCUGUACUUUUUAGGUUCGGACUUGAUCUCUAGUGGAUGGAACUGGAUGUGUGACAAUUAUGGAUGACAGUCCCACAUCCAGCCCGAGCUCUAGCCCGAGUCCUGACGCGCUGCCUUCAGACCGGAGACGCGGGCGCGUGCUUCCUACUGGCGGUGGUCUCGGGACCAGGGGGCGACCGGCAGCAGCAAACGCUGCGCGCGAGCGCAGUCGCGUUCAGACCCUCAGACACGCGUUUCUGGAGCUCCAGAGGACCCUGCCAUCGGUACCGCCCGACACCAAACUGUCCAAACUUGACGUGCUCAUAUUAGCCACUACAUACAUAGCUCAUCUGACCAAAACCCUGCAGGAAGAGGGCAUGGAAGAAGGAGACGGCGCAAAACGGAGCGAACCGUUAAAUUCACUCAAAGGCGGCGGUUACCUGCAUCCUGUGAAAAAAUGGCCCAUGCGCUCGAGGUUGUAUAUUGGUGCCAGCGGCCAGUUCCUGAGUAACUCAAGCCAGAAUGAAAAUCAAGGAGCGUCGUCAUCAUCAUCUCAGACAUAAUCCCUUUGCACACAAGACUUUCUUGUCAUUAAAAAUGAAACUUUAAAUGAUCAUUUCAGGAUGUUUGCAGAGCCAAACAUGUGGACCACCUCUGUUGUAAGCGCUCAUGAUGUGCUUUUUAAAAUUUUUUUUUUAUUAUUAUUAUUAUUUUAUUUUAUUUUAUUUUUUUUAUCUCUGAACGUUUAACUAACGCCUUAAAUUGUCUUAAUGAGUCACUCUGAAAAGGAAUUAAAACUAUUAUUUCCUUUAUUAUUAUUAUUUUCCCACCAAUUUCAUAUUGAAAUGAGUACAAAUAGGAACAAACGACUGCAUGGCGAUUGUGUUGCUGCGUAUUUACGGCACACUUACAUGUCACCUAUCAUUAUUUGACAUUUGUACAUAAUUUGUAUAUAACCAACCGUGAUUUUUAAUGUCUUACUGAAUAGUUAAGGGUCUCUGCUCAAAAUUCUGUCUUUCAACUCCGUACUUGGAGGUUUUGUGUAGCUAUGUCGGGAUAGUGAGCUGUCAUGCUUGACUUGUUGGCUAUGCACUUUCAGUUAAAGUAUUUGCACUAAAUGCAUGUGUGAAUAACGUAACAUUUGUCAUGUGAAGAGGUCUGUCUGGAUCACAACAAUGCUUGGACUAAGUCUAGCAGAAACCCUGCUCUUUCCUGUCACAUACAUGGUUGUCGGUGUAUUUGUGGAUUGUAAAUAAAAAAAAGAAAUAAAUAAAAUAAAUACCCAUAAUUUAAAGCUAAUUGCCA